AUGGCUGCUGUCCACAACCACCUUCAGGUCACUCUGACUAUUUCUACAGCCACUGCAUCACUAUCCAAAUCUGGGAAAAAACAUUUCUGCCUCUUUCAGGCCCACAAAUGUCAGUGGUGCACCUUCUUGGAACAGCAUGGGCUCUUGCCUGCUGGGAGUGCCCCAAAGAAGGAGCAGGGUACACGACUGAAGAGGUCCCUGGAUCAAGGAGUGAUACAGAAUAUGGCCGUUCCAUCUAAAUUUCACAAGCAUGCCAAGAGGUUGGCUGUUGAAGCAGAAAAACGCAUUGGGAAGGAGAGCAGUGUGCGCAAGCAUGAGGCCAGGCCCCCAAAAACCCCACGGGAGGGAACUUCUCAUGGCACUCUGAUGAGCAACAAGCCACGCGAACAUGCCAUUCUGUCUUACACUCCAGUGACUUGGCAGCAGCAGUCUGUGAUUUCUUUUUCUGCUGAGCAACACCAUUCCUUUGUCAGGCCCAAAAGAUACUCAAGUGUGAUCGUGCAAAACCGUGCCAUCUCUGGGCCUCUUCUACUGCAGCCACAGGUCCCUAAUGUCAACAAGCAGGAUUCUGUUGCUGCUGCCUUAGAGUGGCAGAGGAAGCUGGAGGCUGCUGAGGCUCUGUUGGCUCUGAGGAACACUCCUCUGCCUCCUCCUAACUUUGCCUCUGUACAACCGCUUGGCAACAUGCCAAAUAGCUGCCUUCCUGAACAUGGACCACAAGGUUCUGCUGGAGAGAAGGGGCUGCAGCCUCCUAGCCGCCAACCACCACGCUCACGGGCUGCCAACUCCGUCUCUCUGACUGGAAGUCUGGAGUGCAUGUCCUUCUUCACCUAAGAGACCAGAGCGGGAGGUCUCACUACAGCACUGCCUAUUUAGUAUCCUG